AUGGUUGGAUUUGAAGUAACAAUUUUAGGCAGUAUGGGCGGUCCAUUGGACGGCGGCACGCAAUCUCUAAUGUUGAAGUCAAAGGGAUCAACUAACAGCGGUUAUAUAUGUAUUGAUGCUGGAUCGGGACUGCGACAAUUGAUCAGAUUAACGUUGAAGAGUAAGGUUUGGGAUUGCAAUAUGGUAGAGAGUUACUAUAGGAAUGAUUUUGAACCAGCAGCGAAAUUCCAUUCGGCGGGUAGCUCCAUUACGUAUGGUCUUGGCACAUUAAGUAACAGAAUGAGGAAAUUAAUGAAUGCAAAGUAUAACGAUGAAUUAGACGCUGCAAAUAAGCUUCCAAAAACAAAUGGCAAUAUAAUCUCUGCUAUAGACAGAGGUUACGAAUUAUACCAUGAAAUAGGUGAAAUAUUUAUAACACACGCUCAUCUGGAUCAUAUUGCAGCGCUAAUAAUAAAUUCGCCAAUUGUUCAGCAUGGCGAAAAGAUUGUCCUGGGAUCUAAUAGUACAAUAGAUGCCCUCCAAAAACAUAUUUUUAAUGAUCAGAUUUGGCCUAAUACUGUUAAUGGCAAAGGUGCGAAUUUAAGGUUGCAACCAAUUGAAACAGACAAGGUAUACAUUUCGAGAUCCAUUCCUACUUGGAAAAUAAUUGCAUUUCAAUCAUCUCAUGGACGUACUAUUAUAGGUCAGAAACCUUUUCACAGCAUGUCGUAUCUUUUGCAAGACACAACAGACGGCGAUUCUUUACUUGUGUUUGGAGAUGUGGAGUCAGAUUUGACAUCCGGCACCAAUUCCCUGGUAUCGUUAUGGACUUAUCUUGCGGAAAACGUACCACUCUCGAGGCUCCGAGGAAUUAUCGUUGAAUGUUCAUCAAUAGAUUUAAAAGAUGAGUCGCUACUGUACGGGCAUAUGUCACCACGACACAUUAUUGCAGAACUAAAAACUCUAAAACAGUCAUACAAUAAAUCAUUGGAUGGUCUUAGUAUUAUCCUAACCCACAUAAAAAUGGAGCCUAUGGACGAGGACCCCAGGCUGCUGAUAUUAAGCGAGCUAAGGGAAAAGUCGUUGAAAGCAACUUUAGGAAAUAUACGCUUCUCCGUCGCUAUACAAGGCUACACACAUUUUCUAUAA